AUGGAGUCCGUUCAUCAUGUCUCGCUCUCAUCGAAGAUACUCUUUAGCAAGGUGCGCAAGAUUGUACCUCCAAUGCUUGAAAAGUUCCACAAAGGACAGCUUGGCCGCGUAGCUGUUAUUGGAGGUUCCCUUGACUACACCGGAGCUCCAUACUUUUCAGCCAUGGCCUCUGCAAGACUUGGAUGUGAUAUGAGUCACGUACUCUGCGAACGAUCCGCAGCAUCAGUUAUCAAGAGCUACUCCCCAAAUUUGAUGGUACAUCCAUUGCUUCCAAGCAUCGACACUGUCAAGGACCCCAAUUCAAUUGAUGUACCAUCACUGGCGGGUCCGAUUAUCGCGAUGCUAUCUCGCCUCCAUGCGCUUGUGAUUGGACCUGGUCUCGGCCGCGACGAAGUGACGCUAAAAGUGGUUGCGGAAGUGAUCAGAGAGGCGCGAUCACGAUCGAUCCCAUUUGUGCUAGACGCAGACGGACUGCUGAUUGUGACGCAAGACCCGAGCCUAGUCAAAGGCUACAAGGAAUCCAAAACGAUGGGCAUCAAGGUCGCCAGCCAAGUGGAGAUCGCGCAAGCCGGAAACGAUGACAUCACCGACAAAGCAUCAGAUGCCUGUGAGCAGCUGUCUAAAGCCUUUGGCGGCGUGACGAUUAUUCAAAAGGGUCCUCAAGAUGUGAUCUCCAACGGAGUUACCAGUAUCAUCUCUGAUAGCGAGGGUGGCUUGAAGCGCAGUGGCGGUCAAGGAGACACACUGACCGGAUCAUUGGGCACAUUCCUAGCUUGGCGAGCAGCUUACCAUGAGAAGAUGUGGGACUCCGGCGAGCAGGAUAACGAGAAGGAGGCACAGAGCAUUGAAGAAGUUCAGGCAGAGCUCAGUUCUGAGAACAAGCGCAUGUCCCCGGAAACGACUCUGCUACUGGCGGCUUGGGCGUCAAGUAGCAUUACACGAGAGUGCUCGCGACGAGCCUUUGCGGACAAGGGCGGAGCAUGCAGGCCAGUGAUUUGA